AUGUCAGUGUUGAUCAUCAGGUAUCCGGACAGUUUCUGGCUGGACGGGCUGCAGGCAAAGGGCGCAGAAGGUGUGCUGGCAGUGCAGGACUCGUGGGAGCCGGCCGCUACGAGCAUUUUGUUUGACCAGGCUCAGAGAUCGAUCAAACAGCAGCUCCACACCUUCAUUAAAGAGGAUGUUCGUAAGUUUAAGGACACCAAGAAGCAGUUUGACCGAGUGCGUGAGGACAUGGAGCUAGCCCAGGUGAAGAACGCACAAGCACCCAGGAACAAGGUGCACGAGGCGGAGGAGGCCGCACAGGCUCUCAUCUUGAGCCGCAAAGCCUUCAGGCACCUGGCCUUGGACUAUGUGCUGCAGAUUAAUGUGCUUCAGGCCAAGAAGAAGUUUGAAAUCCUCGACGCUAUGCUGUCGUUCAUGCGAGCCCAGUACACGUUGUUUCAGCAAGGCUUUCACAUCUUAGACGAGAUCGACCCCUACAUGAAAAAACUGGCUGCGCAGCUGGAUCAGCUGGUCAUCGACUCCGCCGUGGAGAAGAGGGAGCUGGAGCACAAGCACGCCCUCAUCCAGCAGAGAACUCUCAUGCAG